AACACCGAAUGUGGGUCUUGUGAAUCUAACUUACCUCGGCAUCUCUUCGCCCUUUUAUGUGAUCUUACACGUCUCUGAGAACCUUAACCGCGUCAACUAAGAUCUGUUGUCAACUCUUAUUUCAAUCAAGCUUGUCUUUCGGUUUGUUCGUUUAUUUGCUAUAUUACAUUCAAUAUAUCAUCAAUAUAUCCCUUCUACCUCGUUCGUCUGUCGGCCAUCUUAUCCGGCUUGUCAUAUAUCUGCCUAGGCGUUUAUCAGCAUUUAUCAGGCUCAACUUAAAUCAAGGUGAUUGACAUAAGGCCACCAAUCCCGAAGUCGAGAUGCCUUUCGACACCGAGCUGACUCGCCGCCUGGGCAUUAAAAUUCCUGUCGUGCAGGGUGGUAUGCAGUAUGUUGGAUACGCUGAGCUGGCCGCUGCCGUGUCUAAUGCUGGGGGGUUGGGUAUCCUCACAGCUCUCACCCAGCCCACUCCCGAGGAUUUGAGAAAUGAGAUCCGGCGGUGUAGGGAAAUGACGAAAUACCCAUUCGGCGUCAACAUUACGCUGUUGCCUACCCUGGUCCCCCCGAACUAUGCUGCCUAUGCCCAGAUCGUUAUCGAUGAAGGUAUCAAGAUCGUCGAGACCGCAGGUAACAGCCCCGGUCCAGUCAUAUCCAAGCUGAAGACUGCUGGUAUCAUCAUUCUCCACAAAUGUACUACUAUCAGGCACGCACAGAGUGCCAUCAAGCUAGGCGUAGAUUUUCUCUCCAUAGAUGGAUUCGAAUGCGCGGGACACGUGGGCGAGUCGGACAUCACCAACUUCAUCCUCCUAAGUAAGGCACGUCAGACGCUCAAGGUACCCUUCAUCGCGUCUGGAGGUUUCGCCGAUGGCCAAGGUCUGGCCGCGGCCCUUUGCCUGGGCGCAGAAGGCAUCAACAUGGGGACCCGCUUCAUGUGUACCGUUGAAGCCCCAAUCCACCAGAAGAUCAAGGAGCAGAUCGUUCAGGCUCAAGAAACCGACACGGCCUUGGUAAUGCGGAGGUGGACCAACACCACGCGUCUAUACCGUAACAAAGUCACGGACCAGGUCGUGAAGAUCGAAAAGGAGAGUAAGACGGGCGAAUUCGCCGAGAUCGCCCCUUAUGUAAGCGGUAAGCGAGGCCGGGAAGUUUUCAUAAAUGGAGACGCUGAAUUCGGUGUUUGGACUGCCGGACAGGUCAUUGGUCUGAUUCAUGACAUCCCGACGUGCGGUGCUCUCUUGGACAGGAUAGAGAAGGAGGCAGAGGCAACGUUGACCUCAAAACUUUCGCUUGCUAAACCUCAAAGUAAGCUAUGAUAGGAAAUUUCGUGCAACGUAUUUUCAGGAGUAUUGCAACUAGAACCUUUCCGGUCGAUGAGUAUGCGGUAUCAUUCGUCUGCAUGCUAUAGGGUCUUACAUGCCGUAAAUACUCUAGUACCUACACAUUAUGUAGAUGUAUGUAAUAGGAAUUCAGGCGUGUUACUGAGCCUUCACAAUUCCCAAGCCAUAAGUGACGAUAGUAUCAACCGAUUUC